AUGCAUGUUGUAGGACCAUGGAUUACCCAAACCUUCACUUACUUCAACUGGCUAUUCCAAGCCUACCGAGCUUUCACUGAUUGUGCCAAAACGAUGGGGUUCAUUGCCGUCCCAGAUUCUAAUGCGCCGGAUGCUCCCCCCGAAGGAGUCGCAAUACUCUCUCUUACUCUUAGUAAGCGCAGAGAGCGUGUAUCCAGUUUUGAAGCGUUUCUUCCCAAGAUUGCAUUGGAAAGACGAAACCUCACGAUCUGCACCAAUACUCUUGUCUCUCGUAUUUUAUUUACGCAGGAGAAGGGGCUUCCGAGUACCGAGAAGAUAGUCUUUCAAUCCUCGGGUCGAAAAUCUGAAAGCACUUAUUCAGCAAAGGUUAACAAAGAAGUCAUGGUGUGCUCGGGUGCGAUAGGCUCACCGCAAGUGCUUAUGCUCAGUGGUAUUGGGCCUCGUGAGAUUUUAGAAGAACAUAGUAUCAAAGUGGUGCAUAACCUACCGGGGGUCGGAUCUACUUUGUAUCCCAGUCGCUUGGGAGGUACCGGCAGCCGAAUCACUAACUUCCAUGGCAACCAGCCCCUCAAAAUCACACUUGAACUUUUCAAAUAUAUCUUCUUCCAAGUUGGUCUCUUCAGCAUUCUUGUUCAGACCUUAGCUCUCUAUGUUCGCUCUCGAAUGAUCAAACAAGAUAGCACUGGACUUAUCGAAGAAGCUUCGACGAAAUCUUUAGACCCUCAAAGCCUCAUCCCCGACAUUGAGCUCAUGCCACUUUCCACGAGUGGAAUGGAUAAUUUCGACGAGCCAGAAUUCAUAAACAUAUUCUCUAAAACACUCAUGUUUUGUGUUCUGGCCGCGAUUCUUCAACCAAAAUCCUCUGGAACGGUCCGCUUGGCGUCGUCAAAUCCACACGACAAGCCGAAAGUUGAUUUUGGAAUCCUGUCCGACGCCUCGGAUCAUACCAUUGCUCGUAGCGCCGUUCGACUCACACUUUCCAUAGCAGAUAAAAUGAAAGAGUCUGGGUUCCCUCUUCCUCGAAACAUCACCUUUCCAGCCGAAAAACAAGAACUUGAUGUUAAGAGCAAUACUACAGAGGAGAUGGAUAGAUUCAUCCGUCAACGAAUAAGAACGACUUUUCACUAUGCUUCUACAUGUAAAAUGGCACCCGAGCAUGACCCGAUAGCCCCAGGAGUGGUAGAUGAUGAAUUGAAAGUCUAUGGUGUAAAAGGUUUAAGAGUUUACGAUACGAGUAUGUUCCCGCAGAUUGUAUCGGGACACUUGCAAGCAGCUGCUAUCAUGGUGGCAGAGGAAUGUGCGGAUUUGAUUAAGAAUGAGCUAUGA